AUGCCUCCGGUGCCGCCCAGGAACGCGGUGCCGCCGGCGCGGCCAGAACCCCCAGCAGCCAAGGCCAAGGCAAAGGGAAAGCCUGAGAAGCCGGACACAAAGGAUGGAAAGAAAGCCAAGGAUGCCAAAACUUCCCCUCCGGGCAAAGGCAAAGGCAACUCGGGCAAGCCUGGUCGAUCUGCCAGCAAGACUGGAAGGACAGCGAUUGAGGCAGUGGUUGUGGAUGCUAUCAAAGAAGAGCCCAAGCUAGAAAAGGUAACACAGAUCAAGGGAGUCGAAGUAACAACAGGGCCGCAGCUGCCCCGAAAACUGCUUGAGAAGCUGGUUGACUUGCCGUUUGUGGCUGGAUACCCCAAGCUGAGCCUGGAAAAGGUUUCCUUCCGUCCCAAGGUGUCAGAACGCCCAGCACCGCCCUCGCCCUCCCUGAGCCCGGCACGCUCGGGCACGAAGGUGUCUGAGCGUGGAGCCCCUCAGAAGUCGGAGCCUGUGGUUCCGCUGCCCCAGUUGGCCCCGGCGCCGGAGGAGGAAGAUGGUCCAAUGCUGCUGGUGGCAGUCGCCUCUGGGGUGGAACCAUCUCAGCCUCGUUUGCUGCGAGUUGGGCCACCAGACCUCGUGGCCAAGGAGAUGGAAUUCGUACGCCCCUUCCAGGAAGCAUACGGACCAUGGUCGCCGGAGGCACAGGUCGUGGAGACUUUUUGGCAGCACGACAUCAUGAUCCUCUCUGUAGCAGGCGGCCGAUGCUUGUUACCGGCCGUUGCUGAACAAGGGGCACCGAAAGGUGUUGCAAGCUUCGCGCAGCGCUUCACGGAAGCCUUAAGCACGGGUGACCAAGAGUCCAUCACCAGCGCAGUUAGCGCAUCCUUGAAAGCCAGCCAGCUUGUAUGCAGUUGGAUCCUCAUGCAGCCGCUGCUGAAUGGCUGCGAGCAGCAAACAGUGAACCUAGCCCAGGUGUUCAACAACGUGGAAAAUCUGAUUCUGGGCCAUACAGAGCCGCAGCUGGGUGUGGAGUACUAUGAUGGCAUGGCCCCUGACGUGGUCGAGAGCCAGCUUGGCGGACCCACAAGUGAUGGAGUGGGCAUCCCAGAGCUCAACAAGAUGGUUUCGGACCUCAUCCCUGGCAUGAAGCAGACCCGACCCUCUCAAUUCUUGGUUUGGUUCCAGGGUCAGAUGCCCAGCACAGGGACCAAAUGGAACCUUCCAGCUUGGUACAGCAAGAGUGCAGCGCCUAUCGAUUUCGACUGUGUCUUACAAGACGAGGACGGUCAGGCUUGGCUAUCAGUUUGCAGUGCAAACUCCUCCUUUCUGCACUAUGCCACUGUCCCUGCCACAGACAACAGUCUCAGAAAUCGCCAUGCGCUGACACGACUAGCUCGCUGGCUUCUGUCAGGAUUGCUGCUAUAUGCACCCAUAGAGUCUCCAGGGGACCAGAAGCAUCUGCGUGAGCUCCUGAUGAUUCUGGCGAGUAUUCCCGACCAAGGUGUGGAGAACUUGGCGACCCCAGCCCCUCCACCAGAGGCUAGCUUGCAGGUUCGCUUUGUGUGGGCUUUCGCUCGACGCGUCAUCCGCUGCUUGUGUUGGCACACAACGCGCCGCGUCGACGGGAAGACUGUUGCUCUUGAGAAGCCAGGCCUGCAGAUGCUGUGGGCUUUGCUGGACAAUGCCAUUGCGAUGGUGCCAGCAGCGCGCACGCGAAACAAUCCUGAACGCAAACGGCUUGCUUUGUGGGCCAGCAUUUGCUUUGCUGUGAGGUUGGCUGUGGUUUCUGACAAGAUUGAGGAACCGGCUUGGCUGUCCGACAGAUACAAGCUCUGGCGACCCCCAGAGGAUGGGGGUCUUGAUGUAGAAGGAGUGGCAGCUCACGUGCACAUGAUCCGUUUCGGCUUAGAUGAGUCCUGGUCAACAGACCCUGUGACGAAGCAACUGAGAUCCAUCAAUUGGGACGACCUGCCUUGGGAAGUUCUAGAGCGUGAGGAAGACAAGGUUCCUCUUUCAGAGUGUGUUGUUGCAGAAGAGGGCGUUGAUUCAACGGAACACGAGAAGGACGUUGCAGGAGAGCAUGAUGCUACCGAAGUGGUGGCCCCGCCAGAGGAAAGUGAGGACGCAAAGCAGCAAGGGGUUGCCAAGACAAUGCAGACGCUGGAAGGCACGAUGGGCCACCUGGUUCGAAAAGAGUUAGAACUCAAGAGGCGGCUGGUCAUUACUGGUGGGCUUGGAGCUGGAAAGAGAUCACUUUCCAAGACCGUCAUGGCAGACUUGGUCUUAGGUCAAGUGUGGCACGGCGACAUCUUCAGGUUCCCACUGAGACUGUCCGUUGAACAGCUCUCACAGUAUCUCCAGGCCGGAGCAGCAGAUGCCUUGCAGCAGCACUUUGCAUCCUGUAGGCACCUUGCUGCUGCCUGUGCCUGGGAACGUGCUCAGGCACCGCCCUGGCCAGCCCGGCUUUCCCACCAGGUGGUGCGCUGGGGGAACCGACUGCUCGUCCUUGGCGGCUACAGCAAAGAGCGGCUCAAGCCCUUGCAAGAUGCUUGGAUGUCACAGGAUCACGGGCAGACCUGGGAGGAGUUGCCCACGCCUCCGUGGCCAGCGCGCAGUGGACACCAGGUCGUAUGCUGGGAGGAUAGACUGAUUUUGCUCGGAGGAGUGGGAGAUGAGGAACGCCGUCUACGUGAUGCCUGGCAAUCUUCAGAUGGUGGUGAAACUUGGCAGGAGCUUCCCUGCCCGAAGUGGUCUGCUCGAUACGGACACCGAGCCGUGGUGGUCUCACUGAAGGUGAAGGAGGCAGCGACGCCUCACCUACUCCUCAUGGGCGGAAAUGCCGCCGGCAACAAGGCAAUGAAGGAUGUGUGGGCAUCCGAUUCUGGAGGCUUCUCCUGGUUUGAGCUCGAUCCGCUUCCUUGCAGCCCACGCUGGAACUUUUCCCUUGCACAGUUUCGCAACCAGAUCUGGAUCACAGGCGGUGCCGACGAGGUGCGACACCUCAACGAUUGCUGGAUCAUGACACAGGAGGUCUGGCCGGGCCCCGGCAGCGGUUCCCACAGCAGCCGACGGAAGUCGGAUGCUUUUGUGGAGCCGAAGGACGAGAACGCAUGGAAGCAUUUUUCCACUUCCUGGUCUGAGCGCGCACUUCAUCAGGUGUUGCCCUUCCGGGGCCAGCUGGCAGUGUUCGGUGGAGUGAACGGGAGUGGCAAGGUUCUCGCGGAUGCAUGGCUGUCAGAGGAUGGAGAAACGUGGCAUCAGCUUCCCCACUCCUCUUGGGUGCCGGUAGCAAACCGCUUUGGCCAGCAGGUGGUCCAGCUUGAGGAUGGUCGCGGCAUGGUUGUGGGCGGCCAUGGUGGUGGCCGGGAUGUCUUCAGAUCCAGGUUGUUCGCUUUGGCUUUAGAGGGCCUUGACGAGGACUUGGUCAAUGAUAAUUUGGUCGUGGACUACUUGGACAGGUCGUUUGACAUUGCAAAGCAGUGGAUACUCAUGGCUGACAUAGCGCGCCCAACCUUUCUGCAGAUGCAUGAGACGCAGCAGCUUGCUUUUUUCUUUGAGAACGCACGGCAGCUGAGUGUAAACAGCGCCCGCAUCUUGUACAAGGAGGUGGGCUUUCUGAUUGACAGCUUUCCAAAGCCCGUGGUCCUGGCCGACGCCCUGGUCCCGGACUGCCCCAUUGUGGGCGCAUCGGACUCUUUCGCAAGGUUAUGCGGUUACUCCCGUGACGAGAUCCUUGGGAAGAACUGCCGAUUUUUGUUGAAGGAUGUGCCCGGCUGCUGCAUCUCAAGGUCAGGGCGCAAGAACCUUAGAUCCAUGAUCCGCAUGUGUCGACUCAUUGGUUUGUCUGCUAUGGGAAGCACCAGCUGCUGUCAGACCAAUCGCAAGCGCGACGGGGAGACCUUUCUGAACAUGUUUGCUGUGGGCCUUGUCCUCCUUGACGAGCACCCAUUUCUAGUUGGGGUCCAGUCAGAGAUGGGCACUGCGGAUUCUACAGCCCAUGUCAAGCAGGACCAGCAUGCCCUGAUUGAGCAGAUCCGUGUGAUCUUGCAGCAGGGCUUGUCGGAGAAUGCAGCAGCUGUCCUGGCUAAGGAGCACUUCCUCCCACCCAGGCCAAGAAACCUGGCGGGCUCUCCUGCAUUCUCCCCAACAGCACUGACCGAGAGGGUGAUCCUUUUAAACGACCGGAGGACGGUCAUGAGGCGAGAGCCAUGUGAGAUCCCCAACGGAUGCGUAGUGAUCACUGAGCAGCCCCUCCGGCGAACAAGGCAAGGCCUCUUCUUCGCGGUGCGCAUGGAAGGCGUCCUCCGGGAGGGCUGGCACACUAGCUGGCCCAUGCUAGGCAUGACGGAGAUCCCCCCGACAGACAUGGUGCGUGAUGGGUAUCCCCUGCGAGCGGAGUGGUGCGCCAAGAGCGUUUGCAUCGGCGGCGAGUUCCAGGCCUUUGUGCGGGACAAGGCUCGGCACUACGAAGGCCGUGGCGCCGCAAGCCCCGAUGAGCUCCAGAUUUUCGACGGGCCCCGGCCACGAUGGCAGAACCGCCCCACGACGCCUUGGGAUCUUGGGGAGGGAGACGUCAUGGGUAUGCUCUAUACGCCGCAGGGGGACAUCCACCUCAUGAUCAACUACCAGUCAGUGCUCAGUUUCUCCACUGGGAAGCCGUUGGAGGCGCGGGACUACUAUGCCUUGGUCGACUGCCGCGGGCAAGCCUACGAGCUAAUGCUUUUGCCCUACGAGAUGCCCGUGGUGGGCUACAUGCAGGAGUUGGCACUUCAGCCUCUCAUCUCCCACAAAGUCGUCGACCACGUGGCAAGAACGGCUGCUAGCCGAGCAGUGUCCAACUGCACAUUCUCCAUCUCCAUUGCCGAUCCCUCCUUGCCAGAUAUGCCGCUUGUAGCGGUCUCCAAGGCCUUUGAGGUCAUGACUGGUUACACCUGCGAAGAGAUUGUGGGGCUGAACUGCCGCUUCCUGAACCACGACUGCGAGAUGACUACUCGCCAGCGCUACGAGCUUAGGAAGUCCUGCCAGACCGGAAAGCCCUUCACUGGCCUACUGGAGAACCGUCGCAAGUCCGGUGAACUCUUCGUAAACCUUCUUGACCUGCGUGGCCUGAGCGUUGCGAAAGAUGCAGAGACAGGCGAGCAGAUUUGGUAUCUCGUAGGCAUCCAGUCAGAUGUGACAAACCUCGUGGAUCGAGAUGGCCAAGCCCCAAAUGAGAUCAGAGAGAGGCACGCUGUAGAGCUACAAGAUGUAGCGAACAAUCUGCGGCGUGAGCUUCAGCACGAGUUUGCUGAGCUUGCUUUGACCUCCAGGAAUGCAGUUAUCAGAGAGACAAGUCAUGGUGCAGAAGUGCAAGUCGAGUUUGGGAAGCACACGGGUGAGAAUAUCGUCAGCGUCCCUGCCGCCCCGGGCAUCGAGCGUGGGCCCAAGCCAAACCUGGUACCAAUGAUCGCCCUUCUCUCAGAGCCUGGUUGGGUGAAGCAUGACGCAGAGGACGAUGACAGUGAGCCUGAACAAGUAGAUAGGCAUGCAAAGAAGACCACCCACCGACUGAAGACUUGCUCCAGUCUUACUGGCUUUCAGGAGAGGGUAAUGUCCGUUCCAGCAGUUUUCCGCCGCCAGUGGUCCUUCGGGCCCAUUGCUGGCGCCUUUGUACUCGGCAUCAGUAGCGCCCUCGUUUGCCAGCUCUUGUUACGUCAACGGAAAUAA